GAAAAUACACCAAAUACGAAACAAAGUAAACAAAGGAACAAUGAACGAGGAUAUAGGGCAAUGUUAUUUUGAUAUUCUUCACAGAAUAAGCCUUUUUUCAAAAGAUGGCAAGUCUUCAAUUUAAUCUAACAUAAUAUUGCAAGUACCGUACCAAAAAAAAGUUUGGACUUGUGACCAUUUCCGUUCACGUUUGUAAUGGUUCUGCACGGAAAUCAUCAGGAAGUCAGAAUUUAUGAGACAAUGUUCCGAAAUGGUCAGAACUUAAUUUUAGAUGACCCAAAUGACAUUCGGCAUUACUGGCCUGAUCUGCGAAAACAUUGGAUGCACAGAAAGGCUUAUCAAGCAAUGCUAAAAAACACUUCAAGCUUCAGUUCUGCAGUUACUGCUUGCCGCGACGGUUAUGCCAACUCUCGGCAGUAUUCGACAGUUGCGGAGCUUGAAGAGUGGGUCAAGAAAGUUUCGAAAAACAUUAGCACGACCAGCCUAAUACAUCGUAACAAUUCAAUGCAAAAGCGGAAGAAAAUGAGUUUUAAACACGAUGGUGACGCUAUUGAUUCCUUAUUUUUUAUUUGUCUAGCAAUGAUGACUCCUUGUCAACCACUGAAGAUGGGGUACCAAUUCGAAAACUAUUUGUUGGGAAUUUGGCACAAAGGAGCCAGAGAGGAUGGAUAUAAAAAGGAAAUUCAGUUACAUAAUCGUGAUUUGAGGGUGAUGCCAGCCGACUCUUGGCACCAACCGGACAGCAUAGAGAAUAAGAAAAAUUUGGCUGCUAUUAUCAAACAAAAAUCGAAUUGUGAUGAGUCUUCUGACGAGCAACUAAUACAGUAUUACACUUCAGACAAUAAUGUGCCCAUUCAUCUUUUGAAUGAUGAUUGCCUGAUGCACGUUUUUCUUUACCUUCCCAUCAUAGAUAGAGUAAAAAUAGAAAGAGUGUGCAAACGUUGGCGUGCAGUGAGUCAAGAAUCAUGGCGUGCUUAUAGACAUCUUGAUCUAUCCCAAGCAAGUUGGGGCUUCACAAAAAUCAACAAAAAGAAUUACGUUGAUACUCCGACACUACGAAAAAUUUUACUACGCUGCGGUCGCUUCCUGAAUCAUAUCGAUUUUUCCUUACCCUCACAUCGCCUGAGUCAAAGUACUCUAACAAUUAUUGGUAAAUUGUGCCCAAACCUACAAAUUGUUGACCUUUCAUCGCUAAACGUAUCUUCGUCUGGCAUACUUUCUCUUACUUCAAGUUGCUCCAACAUAACAAAAUUUACUUUGGGCUCUAGCACAAACUCCUGCGACAAUGAUCUUUUGCAACUUUUUGCGAAAAAUCGACAACUCAAAUAUCUGAAGAUUACUUCCAAUUCUACCACUGGAAAGUGUUUGUUAAAUCUACCAGCAGACUCAAUUGAGGAGAUUAUUUUCACGGAGUGCAACGGGAUUUCACCCUCCCAUUUUUUGAACGCUAUAAAAAAAUGUCAUAAGUUGCAUUCACUAUCAUUACAAACGUGUGUGAGCAUCAAUGACAGUGUGUUACAAUCCCUGCGAAUACGUGGCGAAAGUUUAAGAAAUUUGGAAUUCACUGGAUAUUUCCCUAUGUUAUCAUCACAAGCCAUGAAAAAUCUUGCAGAUUUAACCAAUCUGCAGAUGUUGAAUGUUGGACAAAAUAUUUCGGUUACAGAUGAGUGUAUACUUGCCAUUAGUGCAAGCUGCAAGCAACUCAGGUACCUGGAUAUUCACGGCUGUCAAGCGGUAACGAAUAAAGGAAUAGCAGGUCUUUCAACACUGCCAAUUCUCGAAAAGUUGAUAAUAAGCUACUUAGGGAAAAUCACGGAUCAGCAUUUAGGAGAGAUCUUUAGCCUAAAGAGUCUACAAUGUCGAGGAUGUCCAGGUAUAAAGGAUGAGGGAUUGUGUACCCUAGUAUUAAUGGCACCUCAUUUAGAGUUGCUUGAUAUUUCUGGCUGCAAUUGCGUGACGAGCUGUUGGGUUAACAUUGCGGCAAAAAGUACUGAAAGUCGUUCAAACGGCAUCAUUUUAAAAGUAUAUGUCGGAGGGUCAGCCAUCGACGUUAACAAAAUCAAAGAUAUCUCACCCUUCUUGCAGAUCGUUAAUGUUGAUCUUUGUACAAUGUAUAUGAGACCAGAUUAUGAUCAGGACUUUUUUCCAGAUGAAAACCUUAGUUAUUCCGUCGAAGAUAACGAGGAGGAUAAUAUUUCUUUGUCAACUCACAGCUCUCACGAACUGUAAUUGGAUAUCAGUUCUUAAUUAUUUUAGUUAUCAAGUACUUUUUUUAUUAAAGAACUGCUGAUAUAAAAUGUCUUUAAAACCAGAGAAAAAAUAUUUUUAUGGCUGUAAUAAUUUUGGACAUAUAACAAUGCCUUAGUCUGAAUAUUACCAACUGUUUUAACUCGUAGAAUUUCUACAUUUUCACAGUUAAAGAUCAAAUCAUCGUAUCAUGCUCGAUGUCUGAUAAGAAAUUUGCCAAUUCUCAUUAAAAGAAUAAAUUGUUUAUAAAAUCAAGAAAGUCAGGAAAUCAGAGUUCCCACUUCACUUGAAAUCUUAACAUAAAAUUAUAAUAAACACUUUAUUAUCAAGCAUUCUUAACUCAAAAUGUAUGCAACACAAAUAGUUGAUUAAAUAUCUUACCUCAUUUCAUAAACCAAUUUAAUACAAAAUACUGUACUACGCCUUUUGCAGUGAAAUGGAAUUACAAAACGUGUGAAUCAUCAGAAUCCACUAUAUAUUUUACACUAACCGUUAUUUUCAAUGAAUACUGUCCUUUUUAACAACAAUAAUUCAUUAUUCAAACAAAUUAAAUAAACAAAUGCAUAAUGCCGCAGUUUUUCAAUAGAUAAGCUUAUUUUCUUCAGAAAAAUCAAAUACGAAUCUCUUUCUAAUGUUCUUCUGUUGCGUGGAUGUUUAAUUUAAAAAUUCAUCACUUGACCUGCUUUAAGAUUAUUACUUUUAUUUUUUUAGUGUAAUUAACUGAAAUUUUGUUGUUGUCGGAUCUUUCUUCAGGCCUUCCACCAUUUUUUACCUAUAAUCAAGGAGAGCGGCCUAGCCAUGAUUGUUGUUUAAGAGGAGAAUAUCCAUAGUAAAUGAUCAUUAGUGACAGAUGUAUAGUUUAUUCUGCUUUUAUACAAUUUUGCUGAAGGGACGAAACACAUCCACUGAAAAAUGACUGAAUGAUGCAUUUGUAUAGGUUUGUUUGGACAAUAGAAAAUUGCUAUCUAAUAGCACAUUAUUACAGGGGAAGACCAUUGAGAAGAUACCAGCACUUGAAUUUGUUAGAAAAAGCGAAAUAUUUCUAUUUUAAAAUGGCCUGAUUAGGAAUUUGUUCAAAAAUGUUCUAUAAAAAAUCAUAAAUUCAUGUUUAACUUUUUCCAAUUUUAAUUAAACAUUCUUUUCCAUUCAUAUUUUUAAGUAAUGUAGAACAACAGUACUAUGAUAUUACUAGAAAUAGAGAAGAUACAACUUUUUUUGACUAAUUUGUUUGCAGCAAUUGGAAAAAGAAAUUUAAGCGAAUCAUAUUGCCGAAAUUACUUUUAACAAUAUCUAUAGAUCUUUUAUGAUUUAAUUUAUAAUAAUAAUCGCCGUCCAUCAUCAUAUGAACAGUUUUAGUUCAAAUAGUUUUCUAUAAAACUGAAAACGACACAGUAGAAUAUAUUUUUUCAAAUUUGAUUAUAGCAAACAAGUAAGAUGAUUAAUCUGUUAUUAUGAAUCAGUUGCAUACAUUUUUAUCAAAAAAUGUUGAACAAUAAAGUGUUUAUUUUAAUUUGGUAUUAAGAAUUAAAGAAUAAGAAAAAAACUCUAGUUUCCUGACUUUUUUUAUUUUCUAGAUAUUUUACCGUUUUAGUGAGAAUUGGCCAAUGUUUCAUCAGGCAUUGAGCAUAAUUCGUUGAGUACUAUAACAAAGUUAUAAACAUCCCGCUAUUAUACGGCACUAGGGCUUAGGAUUAGAUGUGGGGAGAGCACCACCUCCUGGUCCUAAUUCCCAAAACCUCACCCCCGAAAAACCAGUCUUUUGCUCCCUGCACGUUUACCUGGUCGGCACAUUAUUCUGCUCUUGGACUACCUCACGUCGUCGAGUUUGACCAGCGAUCGUGGUAUAGCAUGUCCCAACUAA